CAGGCCAUCGCACACGAGAUCUACACGGAGCUGGUGGAGGAUGCCUGCCUGGGGCUCUGCUUCGAGGUGCACCGGGCUGUCAAGUGUGGGUACUUCUUCCUGGAUGACACGGACCCUGACAGCAUGAAGGACUUUGAGAUCGUGGACCAGCCGGGCGUGGACAUCUUCGGGCAGGUGUACAACCAGUGGAAGAACAAGGAGUGCGUGUGCCCCAACUGCAGCCGCAGCAUCGCCGCCUCCCACAGGGGGAACAGGGGCUGGGACCCCUGGGAUCUUUCCCAGCUCAGCUUCUUCCCACUGGAGCUGCAAUGCGGGGUCAUCUCGGAGCACACCAAGAAGAUGUGCACCAGGUCCCUGCGGUGUCCCCAGCACACGGAUGAGCAGCGCAGGGCAGUCCGGGUUUACCUCCUCGGUCCCUCCGCGUCCCUGCCCGAGGCAGAGGCCGGCGUGGAGAACGACAGCUUCGAGGUGGCCGAGAGCCAGGCCCUCAUGAGCCGCCUGCAGUGGGAUGGCUCCUCCGACAUCUCCCCCUCCGACUCGGCCUCCUCCAAAGCCAGUACAAACAACUCCGAGUCCCGCAAGACCAAGAAGAAGAAGCCCCACCUGGGGCUGGUGAGUGGUGCCCCAGGGCUCGGCUCCAGCAAGAAGAAGAAGCCCAAGCCC